GAAGGAUAAGAGAGACUACAUCCACCGUAAUGAAACUUUAACAAGAGAGUAGCCAUGGAACCAACUCUCUCUUCUUCAUUAUCCUCUACCAACAUCAAACUUGCAAUUCCAACUCACAAAUUUUUAUACAGCAAUUCCUUGAAACCCCAUUCAACAAAACUCUCAUUAUCCUCUUAUCAAUCCACUUUUACUCCUUCUUGCAUUUCUCUAUCUGCCAAAUUAAAAUCAACAUUAUCAACAACUGAACCUAUCAGUUCCUCUUCAAUUGAAACUGACAACCGCCAUUGGAUGGUGCUUAUGGAUAGCCCACCACACAGUGUGCUCAAUUCCAAGCAAGAAACCAUUGAUUACUAUGUCAACACUCUACAAACAGUUUUGGGCAGUGAAAAGGAUGCUCAAAUGUGUAUGUAUGAUGCUUCUUGUGAGACCCAUUUUGGCUUUUGCUGUGACAUUGAUGAACAAGCGUCUCUUGAGCUUGCUAGUUUGCCCGGGGUUUUAUCAGUUAGGCCUGACCCAAACUAUAAUUCUAAGGAGAAAGAUUAUAGUUCAAGUUUGGAGUUGAGCAAUGUUGCAAACCUGCGAAUUGGGAUUACGCAGUUGUUCCCUGGUGGAAAUACCAAACACUGGCUUGUUAGAAUGGAUAAACCAAGCUUUGGGGUAGUUACAAAGGCGCAAAUGGUUGAUUAUUAUGCACAAAUACUAGCCAAGGUUUUGGGGAAUGAAAAGGACGCAGAGAUGUGUGUAUAUCACGUUUCUUGGAGAUCCAAUUUUGGGUUUUGUUGUGAGCUUGAUGACGAAUGUGCACAAGAAUUAGCUGGUGUCCCGGGGGUUUUGUCUGUACAGCCUGAUAAAUUUUACGAGUCAGAAAAUAAGGAUUAUGGAGGUAUUAAUGUGGAAAAUCUGGUAGACGUAAAAGAUUCAUCAGAAGCAAGUCAGAUUAAUCCUGUGAGAACGAAGAAGCUCUUUGUAACUGGUCUAUCUUUCUAUACUUCCGAAAAGACACUGCGUGCUGCAUUUGAGGGCUUCGGUGAGCUUGUUGAAGUUAAAAUAAUAAUAGACAAGAUCUCGAAAAGGUCAAAGGGCUAUGCAUUUUUAGAGUACACGACGGAGGAGGCUGCCCAUACAGCGCUGAAAGAGAUGAACGGCAAGAUUAUAAAUGGUUGGAUGAUUGUCGUUGAUGUCGCCAAGCCAAGCUCUCCAAGCUAUAGCAGGGGGCGCCGGAGAAUCACAACCUGAGGGUGGCUUAUUUCAAUAUAUGGUGUAAAUUGAGAUAUCGAUCUUUGUUCAUUGAAAAUUAGCAGUAUUACCAUAUUGUAAUUUUAGUAAUGCAAGCUAAACGUUUUUUCUU